CGGGCGGUCCCGGCCGGGGCGGGGACGCUGCGCUAUCGCCGGGGGCCCCGCUCGGCACUGCCCGCCCCGGCUCCAGCAGAGCCCCCUGGGGCCGGGCGGCGGGACAUGCCAGCGCGGGAGCCGCUCCGCGCCCUCCUCCUCCUCCUCCUCCUCCUCCUGCUGGGCUCGGCGCGGGCCGCGGGCGCAGAAUCUUCUCCCCAUUUACCGCCACCAAAGGAUGUGAAGGUUUAUUCCUAUAACUUUCAUAGUCUGCUGAGGUGGUCUCCUGUCGAAGUGGAUAGAGGCUUGGUGUUAUAUACAGUCCAUUUUAAAACAGGGGCCUUUAACCAGUGGGUUGACAUGAACUGCACUCAUAUCUCCCAGACUGAAUGCAGCUUCCCCUGGUCACUCAAGAAGCGGCGCUGGACUGUUUUUUUGCGUGUGAGGGCUGAGCUAGGGCAAGUGACUUCUGCCUGGGUGGAAACAGAUGAAUUUGUGGCAGAGAGAGACACUACUAUAGGGCCUCCUAAAGUGAACAGCGUGACUGCAAGCUCUGACUCACUUCUCAUACGUGUCACGCCCCCUUUUGGACCAGAAGCAGGUGACUUUCUUCAGUAUCAUGUGUCCUACUGGGAGAAUGCAACAAGUACUACUAAGAAAGAGAUGGAGACAAGCAAUGCACUAUUCAAAAUUAGAAACCUAAAGGAAUCGACACUUUAUUGUUUUAGAGUUCACGUAGAAUUGAUGACACGGUUAAGUUCUCAGUUACUUGGACAGCAAAGUGCCCCAGAGUGUUCCAGAACUACAAUCAGCGAGGCAACCAGAGCUGGAUAUAUUAUAUCAGUACUUCUGUUGAUUUUACUUUUCUUAAUUUUGGUACUGGUUGGUUUGUUUUUUCUGUGGAAACACCGCAAAACGCUUAAAUAUUGGUCCUGGCCACCUUUACAAAUCCCAUCACACUUUGAAGAGUAUUUGAAUGACCCUAGCAUGCCUGGUUUAGAGGGGCUGGCCCAUCAUGCUGAGGAUGAUCCCGAUGCCUUAUCUGUUUCAUCUUGCAAAGACGGAAGCCAAGCCUGCAGCAGUGGUCUGGAUGGUCAACCUCAUUCACACAGCAUCUCCAGUGAAAGUGACGUAACUUAAACUGCAUCCUCGUGACAACCUGUACCAAGUGACAACCUGUACCAAGUCUUUACAGGAGGUCCUGCCCCUGAGCAGUGCUGUGUGGCUACCAGUGGGACAAAAUGCAACCACUGACAAAUCCUGAGCAUGAUGUUGCUUCCUAAGAAUAGUACAGACCCUGAGCCUUAUUUAAAUGGCUUCUGCUGUGCUACACCACCGUGUUUUGCCACAGAGACUUAAAAGGUGGAAGAUGAAAGGGACGUGAACACUAAAUUGCCUUAAGAAGAACAGAUGGUUAUAAAACAACUAUAUUAAUAUCAUAUUUUUUCCCACCCCCAAAAUGAAAUAAAGCUUUGAGAAAUAAUGGCACUUUAUGGCAGGGAUGUAGUACAACCUGGAGUUUUUCAGUGAGUGAAUAAUUGUACCAUGGCUUACUUUUAUAGUGGGUUUUGUUUUGUUGCCUUAUUUAUGACAUCUGUAUUAGCACUCCACAUAUAUCCACCCCACCCUACGAUUCUGAAUCACGUUAAGUACAUGCAGUCUUCCCUCUGGAUAAAAUGAGCAAUCUAAAAAGCAUUUUUAUUGUACUUUACUCUCCUCAGCAUGAACCUACGCAAAGAACUACUCCAAGAAAGGCUUCCUAAUAUCUGCCUCCCAACAUACUCAUGAGAAGCAUUAAUCUUCUGCUGCUGCAGCGAAACAAUACUUCUUCACAGCAAAACAAACUUCAAAAUAAUUUUGCUCAGAAUUUAGAAGACGUAUAGCCAACACUAAAAUGUCCUGUUGACUAUCGGAUUAGUCCCACAAAUGAAAAGUUGACUGAGGGUUGUGGUUUUGAGUCCUUUAAAGCAGAAGACUGUGAGUUAACCCUCACAUUACAA